GCCACUCCGGAGCGGCAGCCAGAGCGAGCCCGGAGCGAGCCAGCCGGAGGCCCCUCGCGCCGGAGCCGUGGAAAUGGUUUGGCGGCGGCGCUGAAGCCGGGCAGGGCGCGGAGAAGGCGAGAGACGCCCCCCAGCUCCGCGCACCGGACCCCGGAUCCCCCCCUGCCCCCCGCGCCCCCCCAGCUCCCGGGCCAAAGGCGGGAGCAUGCGGAAUCUGCGGCUCUUUCUGCUCUGGGUUGUGACUCUGGCUGACACGCAGUGCCAAGUUGUCCAGACCCGGUUCAGCGAGGAGCCGGAGGAUCAGACCGUGGUGGCCGGGCAGAGGCUCGUCCUGUCCUGCGUGGUGCUGAACUACUCCGGGAUCGUGCAAUGGACCAAAGACGGCCUGGCGCUGGGCAUGGGGCAGGGGCUGAAAGCCUGGCCGCGCUACCGCAUCAUCGGCACGGCAGACUCCGGACAAUACAACCUGGAGAUCACCGACGCCGAGCUCUCGGAUGACGCCUUGUACGAGUGCCAGGCCACAGAGGCAGCGCUGCGCUCCCGGCGGGCCAAGCUCACCGUCCUGAUUCCCCCUGAAGACCCGGUGAUCGACGGGGCCCCCGAGAUCCUGCUGCGGGCAGGCACCCCGUACAACCUGACGUGCCGGGCUCGCAGCGCCAAGCCCGCCGCCACCAUCGUCUGGUUCCGGGACGGGCUGCAGCAGGAAGACGCCAGCACCAGCACGGAAGUGUUAGCAGACGGCAAGAGGGAAACCACGGUCAGCCAGCUCCUCAUCAACCCCACAGACGCGGACAUCGGGCGGGUCUUCGUCUGCCGGAGCACCAACGACGCCGUCCCGGCCGGCAAGGAGACCUCCGUCAAGCUGAACGUGCACCAUCCCCCCACGGUCACCCUCUCCAUCCAGCCCCAGACGGUGCAGGAAGGCGAGCGGGUCGUCUUCACCUGCGUGGCCACCGCCAACCCGGAGAUCAGAGGCUACAGGUGGGCCAAAGGUGGCGUGAUCAUCGAAGAAGCCAAGGACAGCAAGUACGAGACGCAGGUGGAUUAUUCCUUUUUCACGGAGCCCGUCUCGUGCGAGGUGCACAAUGACGUGGGAAGCACCAACGUCAGCACCCUGGUGGACGUGCACUUCGCCCCUCGGAUUGUGGUGGAUCCCAAGCCCACAACCACCGACAUCGGCUCAGAUGUGACGCUGACGUGCGUGUGGACCGGCAACCCCCCGCUGACCCUCACCUGGACCAAAAAGGAAUCCAACAUGGUGCUGAGCAACAGCAACCAGCUCUACCUGAAAUCGGUCACCCAGGCCGACGCCGGGCAGUACAUCUGCAAAGCCAUCGUGCCCAGGAUCGGCGUGGGGGAGCGGGAGGUCGCCCUCUUUGUCAACGGCCCCCCGAUCAUCUCGAGCGAGGCCGUUCAGUACGCGGUGCGCGGCGACCGCGGGAAAGUGGAGUGUUUCAUCGGGAGCACGCCACCCCCCGACCGCAUUGCCUGGGCCUGGAAGGAGAACAUCCUGGAAGCUGGCACGCUGGAGCGCUACACGGUGGAGAGAACCAACACGGGCAGCGGGGUCCUUUCCACCCUGACCAUCAACAACGUGAUGGAGGCCGAUUUCCAGACCCGCUACAACUGCACGGCCUGGAACAGCUUUGGGCCGGGGACGGCCAUCAUCCAGCUGGAGGAGAAAGAAGUCCUGCCCGUGGGCAUCAUCGCCGGAGCCACCAUCGGGGCCAGCAUCCUCCUCAUCUUCUUCCUCGUCGCCCUGGUCUGCUUCCUCUACCGGCGCCGCAAAGGAAGCCGCAAGGACGUGACCCUGCGCAAGCUGGACAUCAAGGUGGAGACGGUGAACCGGGAGCCCCUGACGCUGCACGCGGACCGCGAGGAGGACACGGCCAGCGUCUCCACGGCAACCCGCGUCAUGAAGGCCAUCUACUCGUCGUUCAAGGACGACGUGGACCUGAAGCAGGAUAUGCGGUGCGACACCAUCGACACGCGGGAGGAGUACGAACUCAAGGACCCAACCAAUGGCUACUACAACGUUCGCGCCCACGAGGACCGCCCGCCCUCCCGCACCGUGCUCUACGCUGACUACCGCACCCCGGGCCCCGCCCGCUACGACAUGCGCCCCUCCUCCCGCCUCUCCCACUCCAGCGGCUACGCCCAGCUGAACACCUAUAGCCGGGGCCCUGCGUCGGACUACACCACCGAGCCGGCCCCGGGGCCCCCGCCGGGCACCGCCACGGGCGAGACGGCCAGCCAGCUCUCCUACGAGAACUACGGCGGCCACGCCGCCUUCCCGCCCAGCACCGGCUACGCCACCUACCGCCUGGGCUACAGCCAGCCCCCCCCGCCCAGCCUGGACCGCGCCCCCUACGACGCCUACGACCCCAUGGGCAAGUACGCCAGCGCCACCCGCUUUUCCUACACCUCCCAGCACUCGGACUACGGGCAGCGGUUCCAGCAGCGGAUGCAGACUCACGUCUGAAGGACCUGGGGGCUGUGGGGGGACGAUCCUCACCGGAGACAUGAGGGGGGGGUCACAGGUACUGUGUGACUGUCCUCUGAUAUUCAGGGGCUUUUCCUGAACCCCCCACGCCCACCCCUCCAGCACCAGGAUUCUCAGCCUGCCCGGCGACUGCACCUCUCACCGCCUGGAUUCAGGGGACCCUGGCAUCCGGCUGACUCUGGGGACCCUCCUCCCCUAUAUCUGAGCUUCCAUCCAGCCACCCAUCAUGUUGUCUUUGUUCGUUCUUUUCAGCCCAUGUCUCGAGGGGCCGGCGCCCUCCCCGACUGGAAAGAAAACCGAUUUUUGAGGGGCUGCGGCGCCUCAACCCCACCCCUGCCCUGCUGACGCGUGGCUGGAGGCCGGAGAAAGCGUGCUGGGAGCUGCAGGGGGGGAGAGUCCCUCCCACGGCCUGGAUCCGGAAACUUGCCCCCGGCCAUGCCGGGGAGAGCCGAUUUCUUUGCCACGUGUCGGAUCUUUGAGGGGAGACGGGCUGAGAGCUGAACUCCGCAGGGGUGAAAGGUUGUGACAACAAGGGGGGAGAGGGUUGUGGGGCGGCGGAGGACCAAGCAGCGAUGGGGGGUGGCUGAGGGCAGGCGAGGCUGUGCAUUGCCCCAGGGGCCGUGGGAUCCCUGGGGUCUGCAACAGGCUCCCGCACAGCUCGGCCGCUAGGAGGCAGAGAGUUGUGCCGUCUCCGGCUCCCAGGGCACGAUGGGACUCGCCGCAGCGGGCACAGGGGGCACUGCGCUCUAGAUGUGAACACGCCGGGGGGGCCUGGUGCCUGUCGGCCGGCAGGCCGGCUCACCCUGCAGCCAGCCUCCGACUGGGCAAAGGGCUCUGAUCCCGCCUCAGCGCCCAUCGCUCAGCGCCUGGCAGGAUCGGGCCCUAACGUGGAAGACUAACCUGGAGCAGCAGCUUUCGAUCUAGGCCAUACCCGGGACCCCCAUCCAAUACCAGGACCCCCUAUUCUAGAGCAGGGUCCCAUGUUCAAUACCGGGACCCCCUAUACAAAUCCUCCCUCCUCCAUCCUGGGACCCCCCCUACAGUACAGGUACUUCCUAUCCUAUCCCAGCACCCCUUUCCCAUAUUGGGAUCCCUCCUGCCCCACUUAGCAAUAUGGGCAGGGUGAAAUGCUCGCGACCCUUAUGGUGCGAAUCCCUGACCUAGAUGGCGCUGCUGGCCCUAGGGAGAAAGGUCAGCCCCACACCCGAGUGCUUCCAUUCACAACAGCACAAUCCAGACCCCGGCCAGUCCAGAGUCUCUCUGGGCGGCCGGAUCCCUUGCCGCUUGCACCCCAAAUUGGAUCCCUCCCCCGUGUGGUGUUCCUCUUCAAAAGAAAGCAAGGGGCCCCGAUCUCUCCCCCUGUACCCCGUCCGUCCAGGGCCGAGCUGACUCCAUCCCCCGUCCCUAGCACUUUGAAUACAUUUCUUUGGGUUUAUGUUGGGUUUUUUAUAUAUAUAUUUUAUACGGGGGUGGGGUUGUUGAUUGAUUGGUUGGUUGGGUUUUUUCCUCCGAAAGGACCAAUUGGAAUCCUGCCUCUUCCACCAUUUCCUGUGCCUUGAACUUCAGCUUUAUUUGACCCGUCGGCGUUCACUUGCGCGGUGGAACCGAGCGAAGGGGGCGGGAGCGCUGGCCGGGCGAAAUGUUUUAGGGGCUGGUGGCACCCCGGGGUGGGGAAGCUGGAGGCUCGUGUCUCCCUCUAGUGUCUGGCACCAGCCACUACAACUGCCUGUCCCCGAGGCCAGGGGAGGAGCUGCCCCUUUAGCCUGAGGCAUCGAGAGCUGUGUUUUUAGAGCUGAAGGUCACGAGUUUGAUCCCCAGUGGCGGAUGCAGUCUCCACUGACGAUAGGGGCUUUCCAGGGCUGCCCACUGAGAAAUGAUGGGGGGCCCUGGAAUUCCCAGGGUUGUUAUUUUGGUGGGGGUGAGGGGUUUCCUUCAAGCUUCCCAAGUAUCCCAGUGAAGCUGCAGCCCACUCCUGGAAGGGAUCAGGGGGGCUCUGUUUUCGAAGCCUGGCAGUGCCAUUCCCCAGCCAGCCAGAGGGGGCACUGAUGAGCGACACUGGGUCCCGCCCUGCAGCGUGAGCAAUGCAAGUCCUGAACGGCGGUGAGCAGGACCCCGGCCGCCACCUUCACUGCCCUUUCCGCCAUCGCUCCAUUAGGGACCAGGACUCGAACCCAGGCCCAACUUCUCCACAGUCACGCCCGGCCCAGGUAUCGAACUCUGAUCUCCCGCGUGGCUGGGUAGAGUACGAAGCCACCAGCCCUGUCUUGCCUGUUUCCUCCUAGUACCUACCGGUGUGGCAGGGCCGUAAGCACCCUGGGCCGUUCCCGCUCUGGGCCGCAGCAGUUCUGGAUCUGUUCCUGUGACCUUGCAGCGUCGGUUUCAUUUGGACAAAUCGGGGCCUUGAUUUUAAGUACAGAUAACGCCUCCCCACACCCUUACAUUACGGAGCCAUUCAGAUACUGUACAGCCGUGAGCCGCGUGGGUUAUCGGCACGUCAGCAGAAGGGGUGAGCCGUGGUUAUAGCGGCCGCUUGGCCGGCUGGUGCCUAUAACAAUCUAGACCGGUGGGGUCGCCAUUUAUUGAAACAUCGCCUGACCCUUUAUUGACCCUGUUUGGAAGCAGCUGGAAUUUGGUCGUGUCUCCUGAUAUGGGCUUUUCCUGCCCUAUUUAUGGGACUUAUCCAGCGGCCAUUAACCUGGCACCUGAGAACUUCACAAUCUUCACUGGGCAGGCUGGGCAGGGCUGGUCCCUGGGGCACCUGGCACUGGCCACUGUCGGAAGGCAGGACACUGGGCUAGAUGGACCCUUGGGCUGACCUAGGAUGGCCAUUCUUAGGGUCUUAGCCGCCUGGUACAGAUGGGAAACUGCAGCCCAGAGACCCAGAUUUUUACAGGUGUUUUGGCGUAGCUGCACUCAGCAUCGCAACGCCUAAUGGAUUUAGGAACCCGGAUCAUUUCCAAAGGGGUUUAGGCACUCCCGAGCCUAACCCUCAUGGGCAGCUGAUGGGAUUUUUGCUCCAAAGUACCUAAAUCCUUUUGGAAGCUGAGUUUUAGCUCCCAAAUGAGUUAAGUGUUGCAAAACUGGGCGCAACACUGCCCAGUGUCUGGCUCAGUCAUGCGUCCCGGGUCAGAUGGGAGAACAGAGUUGACCCUGGGUCUACCUGGUCUCAGGAUAACAACCUGAUCCGGGGACCAGCUCUUAACGCGCCACUUUCAGGAGUCACGUUAUUUUGAACUUCAGCUUUUCCCCCCCUUAGUAAUACAUUUCUAGCUCUUGUGUUUUUAAAGAUAAAAAACCCAGGAUUUAACCACUAGACAUCACGCUCCUCCCAGCACCUGCAAACUUGACCCUGAAAGGUUCAGAUGCCUGCAGGAGAAUCAAAAGAACCCAGUUCUUUUCCCAGCGCAUGAUUUGUGGGAGGUCUGAUUUGCGAUUUGUGAAUGGUUGGGAUUGGCAGCACUGGCAGCGGGAUCUUAAUAUAAAGUCUGAGCCAAAGCUGGCGUCGUGGUCCAUGACUGGAGCCAGGGGCUGCUGCAAUACAGAUAAUAAUGACUAAUAGUCACCAGAAGUAACAAACCAGUGCUGGCUAAUUUGCUGGCAUGAGUCGGUCAUGUGAGAAGGGGUUUUUUUUAUAUGAAUGUAUCUAAAUAUAUAUUUGAUAUAAAUAUCCUGCCAAGCAAAUUCUUGAAAGCCAGAAGCACAUGUUCUUAAUGCUCAGCGGUAUAUAAUUAUAGAUCAACACCCCCCCUAAAACUUCUGCUUUGAGGCAGGCAGCUGGCACGGGAAAUUUCAGCCCGAAGGGUUAACGUCUGCAAUGUUCUAAGCAACUGAAAACAGGGUCUUAGAAUGGAACAUGUCGGGCAACCUUAACUCUAGGGGGCGCGCCGUGCACCCUGCAGAGAUCAUGGGGGUUUGGCUGGGCGUGUGUAGAGGGCCGUGGAAAAUGAGGGCAAAGCAAUAAUUCCUCGAGGGAGAGGGUUGUGUCUGGGAGGGGGAGCUGGGGCAAAGCCGUAGGGCAUAGCGGGUCCUGGAGCUCAAAUCCUGAGAGAUUUGUUUUUUCGCUUGAUCUCAGUCUAGCUUCAGGGUUUGAAUGGCCCCUGGACGGCUGCCCUGCGCUUCCCUCUCUUGAGCAUUUGUGCUCCGCAGUGUAAACUGCUUGUGGCUAACUCCAGCUCACGGGGACUGGCUCCCAGGGGUGAGAGCCAGGACGCCUGGGUUCUAUUCCCAGCUCUGGGAGGGGAGGGAGGUCUAGUGGUUAGAUCAGAGGACUGGGAGUCAGUUCCUAGCUCGGGGAGGGGAGUCUAGUGGUUAGAUGUGAGGCCUGGGAGUCUGGACUCCUGGGUUUUGGUUGGUGUCACCCAACCCAUGGGGUGUUCUGUCUCCCCCUAGUGGCGGCUUGGCUGCACAACUAGAGAUUGACGCGCCGGCCACAGCUUGGCUACCGGAUGAGCUCAGGGCUAGCAGAGGCCCAGGCAUCAAGAUUCAGAGGUUCCCACGUACAAUUCCUGCUGUCGACAGCCCACCCAAGGGCGCGGGAUUACGCCCAGGUCCUUGAAUUUGCAGGGGUUGGCAUGAGUAACUUUAAACCAUUUGCAGUCAAACCGGUGCAAGUACUGUGUGUGGAGCAGCCACUGGGAGCUGGGAACCCAGUUCCCGGGGAAUUUCCCGGGGAGUUGGGUGCCGAGCUGCCUUCGGUGGCUUUGCAUCCCCCAACAGAGCGCCCCUUGGGCAGCUGGACGAUGGGAGCGGUUCGGCCCUGACGGCGCCAGGUUAGCUCAGUGCCGGAAGCCAGCACAGGAUACGGCCGGGGGCGGGUGGGUUCCUCUCCAUUCGGGACCUCGGUGAUGGGUCGGGCGGCGCUCUCUGUCUGCCUUGUCCCACAGCUCUAGAGGGGUCUCGUCAGCUGAGCCCAGCACCUGGGCGGUCUUUCCUUUGCAUCAGGGCACUGGGGCUGUGGAGAGAGACUGGACAGAUCCCCCCACCUACAAACCCCGGCAGUCAGGACCAACCCACCCCUGGGUUCGAUUCACUCCCUCUGGUGCUAAUUCACAAGCCUUCACCCUUGGCAGACACCCCGCCCCCUGCCAUGGCUGAGUCCAAGGGUGGGGGAGCAGACCCAGCAUCACCCUCUUUGAAGGAGUUAACCUUGACCCCCUUCCCCCCCCCCCCCAAGGGACCUUUAAAACAGGCCUGAUCCUGCACGGCCCUGAGCCCGAGCCCAGGAACCGCGCUCGCGGCCUGCAGCUUUAAUUCAGGCGUCGCCACUAUCAGGCCAUGUGGCUUUUUUUCUUCCCUAGCGGUGCCUGUGGGGACCCCCCGGUGACCCCCGUUCUCCCUCGCCCCAGUCUAGAGCGGGGGGGGAAGCGGUGAGACUGGCCCUCCCCCCGACGGUGCCGGGAUCCUCUUUAGCAAUAGCAACCCUCACUGUGCAAAGCCUGGAGCCGAGCGGCUUUACGUGCGGGAUCGUCUCCGAGGUUAUGCAGCCCCCGCCCCGCACACACCUUCCAGCUCAUUCCUAAACACCCAGGCUCAUUGGAUCCCCACGGGAAUGUGUGGGGGGGGUAUUUUUCUUAGCACAGGCCCUUUUAGAUUUCUAGAGACGUGUAUCUGUGAUUCCCCUGCACCCCUUGCCCGGCCCCACCUUGGAUUAUUUUUUUCAUUUUCCUUUUUUUUUUUUAAAUAUUAUGUACUAUAUUUUUAGUCUUAAACA